UUUUUGUAUUACGGCCGCUCGCAGCGCAAGCUCUGCACACUUCGAGCUUCAGCCAUGGCCGUCGGAAAGAAUAAGAGAAUUUCCAAGGGAAAGAAGGGAGGAAAGAAGAAGGCAGCUGAUCCGUUUGCUAAGAAGGAUUGGUAUGAUAUCAAGGCUCCUUCUGUUUUCCAUGUUAAGAAUGUGGGCAAGACCCUCGUCACUCGUACUCAGGGUACCAAGAUUGCCUCAGAAGGGCUGAAGCACAGAGUGUUUGAGGUCUCAUUGGCUGAUCUUCAAGGUGCUGAGGACGACGCAUACAGGAAGAUUAGGUUGAGAGCUGAAGAUGUUCAAGGGAAGAAUGUUCUCACAAAUUUCUGGGGAAUGGACUUCACAACUGAUAAGUUGAGGUCAUUGGUUCGCAAAUGGCAAACUCUGAUUGAAGCUCAUGUGGACGUGAAGACCACUGACAACUACACAUUGAGGAUGUUCUGCAUUGGAUUCACCAAGAGGCGUGCCAACCAGGUGAAGAGGACCUGUUAUGCCCAAUCAAGCCAGAUCAGACAGAUCCGCAGGAAGAUGAGGGAGAUUAUGACUCACCACGCAACUUCCUGUGACUUGAAAGAGUUGGUCCGCAAGUUCAUCCCUGAGGUGAUUGGAAAGGACGUUGAGAAGGCAACAUUAAGCAUCUAUCCUCUGCAGAACGUGUUCAUUCGCAAGGUCAAGAUCUUGAAGGCUCCUAAGUUUGACCUCGGAAAACUCAUGGAGGUUCACGGUGAUUAUACAGAAGACCUGGGUGUAAAGGUAGAGAGACCCGCAGACGAGACAAUGGCGGAGGCUCCCACCGAAGUCGUUGGGGCUUAAUCGGGUUUUUGCUGCCAUUUAGGUGUUCUAUUUUUGGUUUCCAGUAUUUUUUCCCCCCUUUACUGAGAUUUAACUUUAAAAGGUUCAGUGUUUUGUAAACCAGCGAACCAUUUUUGUUUCGGUGAUUAUAAGUUUUGCACUGUUAAAUCUAUGUGCGUUUUGUCAAAGACCCAAAGAAAAAUUGCUUUGCAUGCUUUCACUA